UGGGAAUCCCACAUUGAACUUCCCCUUAAACAACUGGAAAUCGCAUCCCCGGAUUGCCCGCGAGAAAUAAACGACAGCCGACCGCACCCCGUACCGUCACACCGAGCGAAGCGAAUCCUCCUCCCAAACCCACGUACGAUAGACAUCGGCCUCAGCAGCUGGUGUAGAGACAAAAAGAAGGUUGUCCGGCAUUUCAGCUCGACGACACGUUGAUCAAGCAGAGGCCUCUUCGAUUGGCCGCAACCCCCCCGGUACCAACGACGCAUGUGACAUCCCUUCUGCCUCUGCACCCCUCCCACCAUCCAAGACAAGUCAAGGAAGCACUGCGUCUUCCCGCCAACUUUUGCGACCCCGUUCCGAUCGAGUGGCUUGGCCCUAGUACAGGGAAGCCAAAGUCGACAUACAUCGCGCAGCUGGGCGUGAGGGGUCCUAGGGUGUUAUCGCCCACCACGACGCGAUCGAGAACCGGCAGAGAGCUUGUCGGGACACCCAUUCGGAGGGAUCCUGUCUGAGAAUCGCACUACGCGCCACCACACCGACCGUUGUGUCUGAUACCAGGAGAAAGCCGCCAUCAUGUCGAGCGCACAGGGUGGAGGAGACUCCAAGUUGUUUGCCAGGGGUAAAGUCGCAGAAUUGCGGCUGGAACUCAACAGCGGCGGCAAGAAGGACAAGAACUAUGCGAGCAAGAAGAUUGCGCUGAAGAAGAUCGUCGCCAACAUGACCAUGAGCAACAAUGAUAUGGUCGCGCUAUUCCCCGACAUCAUCGGCUGCAUGCAUAUCCAGAGUCUCGAGAUCAAGAAGAUGUGCUUCUUGUUCCUGGUCAACUACGCCAGGAUGCGACCAGAAAUUGCCGUCCAGGCCAUUCCUGUCCUGGAGCAGGAUAUGGAAGAUCACAAUCCGCUGGUCAGAGCUUUGGCCCUGCGAACGAUGUCUUACAUACAUGUCCGGGAAUUCGUCGAGGCGACUGUGCCUUUGGUCAAGCAUAUGUUGAAGGAUGCGGAUCCAUACGUGAGGAAGACGGCCGCCUUCUGCGUCGCAAAACUUUACGACCACGAUAGGCGCAUGAUCGAGGGGUCAGAUCUAAUCGACAGGCUCAACACACUUCUCAGAGAUGACAACCCAACCGUAGUGGCCAGUGCGCUAGCAUCGUUGAUGGACAUUUGGGAGCGUAGUGACGCUAUCAAGCUCACCAUCGACUACAGCAAUGCCUCCAAGAUGGUGGCUAUCCUUCCCGACUGCUCAGAAUGGGGUCAAACAUAUAUCCUCGAGGCACUCAUGUCAUAUGUGCCCCAAGAGUCAGGGGAAGCCUUGCUUCUUGCAGAGCGCAUAUCGCCGCGCCUUUCACAUUCAAACUCGGCCGUCGUGCUCACCUGCAUCCGCGUCGUUCUGUAUCUCAUGAACUACAUCUCGGACCAGAGACAGAUCGCAAUUCUGUGCAAAAAGCUAUCUCCCCCCCUGGUGACGCUCCUUGCCAAGGGCCCAGAAGUACAGUACCUCGCUCUACGAAACGCUCUCUUGAUCUUGCAGCGUCGACCUGAAGUCUUGCGCAACGACAUUCGCGUCUUCUUCUGCAAGUACAACGACCCCAUCUACGUAAAGGUCACGAAGCUCGAGCUCAUCUUCAUGCUCGCCAACGAAAACAACAUUGAUGAGGUCCUCACCGAACUUAGAGAGUACGCGACGGAAAUCGACGUUCACUUCGUUCGCAAGGCAGUGCGAGCGAUAGGCAAGCUGGCUAUCAAGAUCGAGCCGGCAGCGCGGCAGUGUAUCAACCUGCUCCUCGAACUGGUUGCGACCAAGAUCACGUAUAUUGUACAGGAGGCCACGGUCGUUAUUAGAAACAUCUUCCGCAAGUAUCCAAACCAGUACGAGUCCAUCAUCGGCACCCUCUGCGAGCAUCUCGACUCUCUCGACGAGCCGGAAGCAAAGGCUGCCAUGGUCUGGGUCAUUGGACAGUACGCGGACAGAAUAGAGAACAGCGAGGCACUCUUGGAAGACUUUUUGUACUCGUUUGCGGAAGAGCCUGUAGAGGUGCAGCUCGCACUGCUCACGGCGACCGUCAAGCUUUUUAUCCAGAGACCGACCAAGGGUCAAGAGCUGGUGCCUCGCGUCCUCAAAUGGGCGACGGAAGAGACGGAUAACCCGGAUCUUCGCGACAGAGCGUACAUGUACUGGCGACUUCUGUCGACAGACAUGGCCGCAGCCAAGCAGAUCGUCAUGGGCGAGAAGCCGCCCAUCACGGCCGAAUCCGAGCGCCUCGACCCGGCCACACUCGAAGAGAUGUGCCUCAACGUCGGCACGCUCGCUACGGUGUACCUGAAGCCGGUGCAGACCGUCUUCCGCUCGGCGCGACCCAAGAAGCUGACGGACUCGCCGGCGCUGCAGAAGCACCUCCUCCCGACGUCCAUCGAGAACCAAAAGAGUCUCAGCAUGCUCGGCAUGGGCGGACAGGCGCAGGACUACAACAUGCACGGCCAGCACAUCGCCAACGACCCGGCGGCGGCCAACGGCGAAAUGGCGCAGGCGGUCAACGACGCGGACGCGUACUUUAACAGUAUCGGACCGCAGCAGAUGGCCGCCAUGAGGAUCGACCAGGGAGACGUGUUUGGUGAGACUGGGGGUUACGAGACGGGGUAUGUGGUGAAUCAGCACGCUCCGCAGCAGGUGGUGCAGCCGGCGCAGGGGAGCAAUGGUGAUUUGCUGGUGCUGUGAGACGACACAUGCGACGACGAGCUCAGUGGGAUGUGUGUUGGAGGAGGAGGAGGAUUUUUGUUUGACUGUAGGCUACGAAACGAAAGGAUAUCCUCGGUAUGUUAGUAAUGGCAGUGUGAGGCAA